AUGUCAUCUACACCCACUCUGCUUAUCGAGCUUCUUCAUGCAGUGUUCAAAGAAGCAUGGACAUCUUGUGCUUUGAACUCCGAGCGAAAAUCUCUCUAUCUCGCCUUCCAGGCCAGCUCCGUGUCCCUCGCCAAGAUUGCAGCCACCGCCGCCGUCUGUUAUCCUUACCUUUGCACCACUCUCACAACGACUCAUGCUCUCGACUCUGGAUUACUGGCUCUGGCAUCAAACAACAUCGCAGCCAUUGACAAAAUACUUGCUAAUUCCCCAAGCCAUACGGAUCAACCUCUGAUCACUGCUCGUCAUAUCCGCAUUGAUGUCGCCACUCUCAUGCACUUCAGCGGCAUGGCAUCCGACCUCUACAUCAGCCGGUGGGACGCCUCAUGGGACGCCUUCAUCCGCCAGCACGCCCGCGUCAUCCACGCAUGCCCGUCACUCACUCUUUGCGGAAUCAACAGCCCUCUCCACUACAACCUCCUCUCCCACAUCAUCCGCACGCUCGCCGCCGCCCUCUCCUCGCUCACCCACCUCCGCCUCGACAUCCCAUACCGAAGUAAUGUGCGUCUCUCCUACGGCCAAGCGAACCUCCGCGGCGUCUCGCUUCCCAAUCUCGCCUUCCUCCGCAUCCACAUGCCCUUCCCUUGCAUCUGCGCCUCCACCCACCCCGCGACGGUGCACGAGCGCGAGGGGUGCUUCCCCACCGAGCUCUGGGCGGCGCUUCCGAACCUCGAGCACAUCCAGAUCGACGUGCCGGGGAUGCUGAAGGACCUGGACCUCCCGUGGACGGUGCACCGCUCCACGCUGGCCGCGGCGCCCGUGCACCUCCCUGGGCGAGAGCCGGCGAGCACCAUCGUGGGGUACAACCUCGUCUCGACCCUCCGCCAGCGGAUGCUCCGAGAGCCGACGACGGAGGGGGUCAAGCGCGUUUUGACUGUGGAGAUCGUGAGCGAUACGGAGGAGGUGUUUGGGUACGACGCGGCCGCCGCGGCGUCCGCGCGGUUCGGAUUCAAGAUCAAGAAGAUCGUGCACCGGUAA